ACAGGACAACCAAACCGCACCGUGCCUGUCCCGCUCGUCUCCAUUGCGCGCUGCUUCUCCACACGGCGACAUGUCUCUGGGGCGUCUCCUCCUCACGGCUGCGUGUGCGCUCCACACUGUCCCCCGCGUCCACAGCUGUGAGGAGCUCCCUGUGUUCAGUCCGUCUCCACUGGUGGUGAAGCGCGGAGACUUCGCCACAGCCACAUGCUCCAUCUGCAACAACUCCUGUGACUAUGAGCUCCGCUUGGAGGAGGCCUAUCAGUCCAGCUUCAAGAGAGGGAACCAAAUGGUCUGGAACAUCUCCAGUCUGAGACUGAAGUGGAGUGAAAUAAUAUUGUGUUUUAUAUUUGACAGCGACUGUCCAACUGUUUCUCUGGAUGUGAUCGUUUACAAGCCUCCAGAGAAUGUGUCUGUGAGCUUUAAAAAUCGCUCAGGGUCUUCGCUGGAGAGCCCCUCUGGGCUCCUGAAGGAGGGCCAGGUGUACUGUCUGCAGUGUGAGGUGGAGGCCGUGGCUCCUGCUCAGAACAUGAAGGUGACCUUUUACAGGGACUUCAGGGAGCUGAAUGUCACAGGAAGCAACACAACAGAGAAACAUCCAGUGAGCGAGAGCUUCUGUCUGGACUACAGUGUGAGCAGAGAGGACCAUGGGGCCACCUUCUGGUGUGAGGCCAGACUGGAGCUGGGACCUGCGGGCCCACAGUCCCCUCCAGUGGUCAGGUCACACAACAUCACGGCUGUCGUGCACUAUGCGCCGUACAGUGAGGGCCCCGAGGAGCCACAGCUCCUCACUGUGAACCAGGGCCAGUCAGCUGAGCUGGUCUGCAGAGCUGAGGGGAACCCCCCGCCUCUGUACAGUUGGAGCCUCCCCUCAGGCUCCGACUACAGGGGCCCUGUGCUCACCAUCCCCUCUGCCUCCUCCCAGCAUGAGGGCCCCUACACCUGCACCGCCUCCAACGCUUUAGGGGCCGUCAAUAGGAGCUUCACUCUCACAGUGCACGUCAACUAUGUGCCCAUCAUCAUCGCCGUGGUAACAGUGCUGGUGCUGCUGGCAUUUGCAGUAGCCUUUGUGGUCUACAUGUUCCGUCGCCGCCGCCACCAGGCCAUACCCACCACCGAGUGAGGGGGACACUGCCGAGGCCAUCGAGAGUGGGGGGGCCAGAUCAUGUGACCUGGAGUCAAACCAGGACUUGGGAGGUCUCUGGACUUAAAGAGGACUGACAGAGUGUGUGUAAAGGUGCUGUGAACUGAGAUAGGGAAGUGUUAAUGAGGCAACAAGAGUAUAUUACUCAAGAAAGAGUAUUGUUACGCUGUGCAAUAUAUUACUCAAGCAAAAGUACUGUUAUUUUGUACAAUAUAGAACUCAAGUAAGAGUACUGUAGUGGAAGUACUCUUCCAUAGUAACUGGAGUAGGUUUCAGAUGUUUGUGCAGCCUUGACCCUGUAGACCACAGGUGUCAAACAUAAGGCCCGGGGGCCAGAUCCGGCCCUCCGAGACCUUUAAUGUGGCCCUUGGGUGAUUUUCUACUAAAAUAUUUUAAUUAUAUUUUCUAUUAAAAUAUUGGUAAUUUUCUGCACCGCUCAGCAUAGCGGCGUCUCCAGAGUCUCUGUACGUGGCCCCUCCCCCCAGAGCAGCACAAAUGAAGACUUGUCUCUUUCCAAACGCUCUUAAAGGACGAUCGUUUUGACUGUUGACCGUGACACCCUCAUCAGAAAAAUGUCCAAAAUGAGAAAAGUGGAGCCAAGUGCAGAAUUUUCCAAGAAAAAUUGACUUAUUCCUGUUUACAAACAAGUUCAUGUUAAAACAUUGUGUUGAAAUUGAAUUUUUCUUAAAGUUUCAGGUUGUUCAUAAUAUCAUAAUAAAAAAGAGUUCAUCAAUUAAAAA